AAUCAUAAUCAAUUCAGCUUCUGUACGAGCUUAGGAUGAGGUGGACCACAUCGGGAGCCGGUCCAGUACACCGUCGUUGUACAGUAGCCAAACCUCAUUCCCGCUUGUUUUUUCUUUAAUGCCGCCCUACGCCAUUUUCGCGGGCUAUGCAAGAGAGAGAUUUGCAGCGGUGGUUAUGAUUUCGAGAGAGGUAGCUUUACCUUCCGCCGCAACAUUGCUAGGUGCGGCGGCCUCCGCCGUCUCCGUAGCCCUGUUCUUCAACUACCGCAACCAAAAAAACCACAGCUCGCCGACGGCAAACAGAGUUGAGGAGACGAAGACUUCUCGUCAGGAUCCCUGCGAUCCCGCAAAAAGAAAAGGGUAUUUGUCCUGGGAUGACUAUUUUAUGGCAAUUGCUUUUCUGUCAGCUGAGAGGUCGAAGGAUCCCAAUAGACAGGUCGGUGCUUGCCUUGUCAGUGAUAAGGGAAUAAUCCUUGGCAUUGGCUACAAUGGUUUCCCGCGUGGCUGCUCGGAUGACAAGCUCCCAUGGUCUAAGAAAUCCAAGAAUGGGGAUCCCUUGGAGACGAAGUACCCUUACGUCUGUCAUGCUGAAGUCAAUGCCAUCUUGAACACAAAUCAUGCAUCCGCUGCCGGACAAAAACUAUACGUGACAAUGUUUCCUUGCAACGAAUGUGCAAAGAUUAUUAUUCAGUCAGGUGUUUCGGAGGUCAUAUACUGUGUGGAGAAGAGAUUGAAUAAUUCAUGCACUACCUAUGUUGCUUCUCACAAGCUUCUUUCCAUGGCAGGUGUCAAAAUAAGGAGACUUGAGCCUCAAAUGGACAGUAUAUUGAUUGAAUUCAAGGUGGUUUAAGAUCGACGCUCCCGUAUGUAAGAGCAUAUCCCUUUGCAUUGUGCUUACUAAUUCAACAACUUAUCACAUGUCCAAUUUGAACAGUCCAUCUACACACACUCUAGUUGCAAUGAUGCAUGUUCGAAUGUUGUUAUAGUUUGCUAAAUGUAUAGAAUCUUAUGUCGGUUGGGGUUGAUUCUGCGCGAGCAUUUGCUUUGCGGGAUCCCUGCAUCUUUACAAUACGAAGAAAUAAACUCCGAAUAAAUAAACAGCAUACUAUUGUAGAAGAUUGGGUUGCAUUCUGAUUACAUAGAUUGUGUCUCUUUUAGUUUAUAGCAGUUCUGACAUUGGAAAAUCUGUGUUGAGUUGAAUGGUUUAAUUUAUGGAAUUACACUAUGCAAAUGUCCAUUUUUGGAGAGUA